UCCCAGAGCCGGCACGCAGUUAGUAUCUCGAUGAACACGGAAAAAACCGCUCGAACAGGUUAAGGCGUUCAGGAAGGAGCGCCAGGCCACACACAUGAGAAAGCCAAGUGCCUGCCGGUGCAAAGUCCAGGAUGUAGAUCUCCCCGUGUGUCACAAUCAUUCAGAGUCGAGGGACAAGGCUGGACGCGCCUACGUCACACGAAGAAAGCACACAUUUAAAAGGAGAUUUAAUGCGAAAUCAGUCUAAUAAGACAGGAUUCAUUGACAGAUUUAGACGUGGAGCUGCAUGGGGCCGUGGGCUGACCGUUGGGGGGAGGGGAGGGGGGGACACAGAGAACCCAUUCACCGGGACCGGAUUCUGCGACGCGGGCAGCCACGUCGAGAGACCGUGAACAUGAAGGAGGUUUCUUGCAUUGCUGGAGAACGGUCGCAGUGCUCAGAAGUUUGAACUAAGGUGUUCAUGGAGACGGUCGUACCGCACCGGGAUGGGUGAUGACGUUCAGGAGCGGAGCCGGCUCAAUGGAAUAUGCUGAUAAUUGGAAAUCACUGGCCUGCCCAUCAACAACAAACUGGUCCCAGCGGAAGAGACGCUGUAGACUUGCUUUGGGAAGGCAACGUCAAUUAGUUGGCGUUUGCGUGGCGUCCGUCGUUAUUCUGGUAUGUUUAAAACUCGGUCUAUCGGAUCCUCCCGGCCGCGCCCCCGAUAUACACCAUAACCCGCCCCCGGACGUGACGCUCCUAAUAUGGGCACAACCUUUCGAACGGAGCCGCCCGCUUCCGGACUGCCAGGCUCUCUACGACAUCAGCGGGUGUCACCUGACGGAGGACCGGGACGAGUACUCGGAGGCCGACGCCGUGAUCUUCCAUCACCGGGAGAUCGCCACCCACGCGACCCAGCUCCCCACGGACCCCCGGCCGCACGCCCAGAAGUGGAUCUGGAUGAACUUCGAGUCUCCGACGCACACGCCGGGACUGUGGGAGCUGGAGGGCGUGUUCAACCUCACCAUGACGUACCGCAGCGACUCGGACAUCUUCCUACCCUACGGGUUCCUGGUGCCCGUCCCCCGUCGGACCCAGGGCCGCCCCCCCGGGCGCCCGGCCCCCCUCGCCCCCUCGUCCCGCCGCCCCCGGCUGGUGGCCUGGGUGAUCAGCAACUGGUCGGAGGCGCAGGCGCGCGUGGCCUUCUACUACCAGCUGGUGCGCCACGUGCGCGUGGACGUGUUCGGGCGCGCGGGCCGGGCGCUCCCCGAGGGCGGCGGCGGCGGCGGCGUGGUGCGGCUGGCGCGGCGGUACCAGUUCUACCUGGCGCUGGAGAACUCGCAGCACACGGACUACAUCACGGAGAAGCUGUGGAACGCGGUGCUGGCGGGGGCGGUGCCCGUGGUGCUGGGCCCGUCCCGGGUCAGCUACGAGCGCUUCCUGCCCCCCGAGGCCUUCAUCCACGCCGACGACUUCCCCUCGGCGCGGGGGCUGGCGCGCUACCUGCUGCUGCUGCACUCCAGCCCCGCCCUGCUGCGGCGGCACCUGGCCUGGAGGCGGAGCUACCGCGUCCAGCAGCCCGCCUUCUGGGGCGAGCACUACUGCGCCGCCUGCCGCGCCGUCGGGCACCUGAGGGGACGGACCAACCGGGUCACUCACCUGGCCCGCUGGUUCCACUCCUGAUUGGACGGCUAGGUCAGCUCCUGAUUGGACGGCUAGGUCAGCUCCUGAUUGGUCCGCUGGUUCCGCUCCUGAUUGGACGACGGUUCAGCUCCUGAUUGGACGACGGGCGACUAGGAGAACACGAUGAGGGAAUCACAACGAGGACUGUGUGUGUGUGUGUGUGUGUGUGUGUGUGUGUGUGUGACGUGUGUGUGUGUGUGUGUGUGUGUGUGUGUGUGUGUGUGACGUGUGUGUGUGUGUGUGUGUGUGUGUGUGUGUGUGUGUGUGUGUGUGUGUGUGUGUGUGUGUGUGUGUGUGUGUGUGUGUGUGUGUGUGUGUGUGUCUCGAGCCUAGAUACUACCGUUUAUCAAAAGGGUUCUUCCGCCCUAAACAGAGAAGAGUUUCUGUCGUCUGCGUGGACGAACGCACGGCUGGGUCCACCGAGGCGUUCCCAGCGCCACACGGCCUGUGUUCCCUCAGACCCUCCCUGGCCUCAAUGUCCCAGCGUUCCCAGAAUCCUCUGGUUCCAGAACACUGCGCUCCCGCUCCGACGGAGAGCGUCUGAUUGGCUCUGUGGGGGGGGGGGGGGGCUCUCAUGAGGCCCACACACCACCGCGCUCCGACGACACGCCCGGCUUGUUAGCGUGAAGAAGCAGCUUCACGCCGAACACACGCACACACACACACACACACACACACACACACACACACACACACACACACACACACACACACACACACACACACACACACACACACACACACGUCACACACACACACACACACACACACACACACACACACACACACACACACACACACACACACACACACACACGCACACACACACGUGCGUUAUUGUCUUUCUGGGUUUGUACUUAGCCUGACUGUGGGGCCACUUGGGGAACAUGGAUCUAUUUAAACGCGUCUAUCUUUCAGUCGGGGCCUAAUAAGCUGUUAAAACCGCCAGCAGCCUGAAAUAAAUGCAGAUCCCCCAGAUGAGAGAGGAACAAAGACCUAGAGAUACAGAACUACACCUCCCGUAUGAGCUGGGGCUUCAGGUUAGCAUAGCAAUGCAUGGCUACCAGCUCGAGAUUGUCACUAUUACGAGCAGGUAGCUUUGCAUUAGCAUCAUGUGUAAAUCACACUGUGCUUGCUCAUGAUAUCCAAAAAAGGUGACCAUAUUUGGUCGUGCAUUUCCUGUACACUUUUGUUUGGAUGCGAUCCAUUCUCUGUUCAGUUCUGGGGCAUGAAGAAGGCACCGGGAAGCACUCCAAUCAUCUCUCAUCAUCUCUCAAGUGUCUUGUAACACAGCCACAAGGGCCGUAUGAUCAUCAGAGUAUUAUUUAAAGUAUAACUGAAUGACAUUCAAUGAUUUAAAAAUAUUUAACGCAGCCAUGUUCUCUGUGUGUAUGUGUGUCUCGUCGACCUUUCAUUGUUGUUCAGGAGCAACAAUGAAAGGUUGUUUCAAAACAUCUGUCAUGUGUUAGCUCGGCUUCCAUCGUCUCUCAACACACGGACGUCAGACAGCCUUCAGCGGCAUAAAUACAAACAAUCAGAGGUGAACGGGGCUUUAUUGAUCAGUCAAAGGUUGAACCUCAAACCGAUGGUUCUUAUAGUGACUACGAUGUCCAUUGUUGUUCCUGGUGUAGAUAAAUCUUGGGCUGACUGGGUAUAGGCCAUGGUAGAAAAACAGAAUUUCCAGAUGAUAUGCAAAAUAAAGAACCUUAAUUUA